GGAGAGCGGAUAUAGUGAAUGCGACGUCCUGGGAGAGCGGAUAUAGUGAAUGCAGGGUCUGGGGAGAGCGGAUAUAAUGAAUGGAAGGUCAAGGGAGAGCGGAGAUACAGUCAGGUCCAUAAAUAUUGGGACCUGACUGUAGUUAAUGUGGGGUCUUAAGAGAGCAGAUCUAGUGAAUGCGGGGUCCGGGGAGAGCGGAUAUAGUGAAUGCAAGGUCCGGGGAGAGUGGAUAUAGUGAAUGCAGGGUCCGGGGAGAGCGGAUAUAGUGAAUGCAGGGUCCGGGG